AUGUGCUUCUACAACCAAAAGAGAUUUGCGUGUGGAGACUGGAGCUGGACCAGCUUUGCUCACCGAUGCAACUAUGAAUACCGCACCGGCGAGACAUGCGGUAUGAGACUCGUCAACAUGACCGAGAAUGAGAAGACCAACUGUCGUCUCUGUGAAAAAAUCGAAACCAAAUAUCGCAGGCGUAGUGCCGAAGUCGACCGUUUAGACCGGUGGAAGCGAGAGGGUGCCACACUUGUGGCCUCAAUGGAUCGGUCUCACAAACUCAUUAUGGACCUGGAGAAGGAGAUCCGCUCCCUGCAGCGGGAGCGGGACGACCGAAGGAGCACACUCCUAAGAUAG